ACGGAAAACUAGCUCUCGUUAUUUGAUUAAAUUAACUAUUAGUAACUGCCUUGAUUGACCAUUUUCAUGUUUUAGCGGCGAAAUAUUUACCAAUGUUGCAUUGGAUUAUGAAAAGGUUCCAUACUACAACCUGGUCUUCCAAGUCAGUGGUGAAGACUUUACUACUUACGUCAGGGUGCAGCUGUCCGUUGUGGAUGAAAACGAAAGCGCUCCAACGAUUUUAAACCGGGUUCCAAUCACGUUCAGCAUUGAUGAAGAUUUUAAGGACGGCGUGAUUGGACAGGUGCGAGCCAUCGAUGCUGACAGUGGUGUCAACGGCCAGGUUACCUACGCAAUUCAACCACCGAACAAGUACUUUACCAUUGAUCCAACAGACGGCACUAUCAGGGCAACCGUGGCACUGAAAGGUUUGGAAUUGCCUACGUACACGCUGAGAGUGAUUGUCCACGACCGAGGAUCUCCACCAUUGUCUACGACGACUGACGUUGCAAUCAACGUUAGAAAAAUUGUUUCAUCAACGGAAAGCGUACCAGAUUAUCCAGUGUUUUCGAAAACUCGCUACAAUAUUUCCGUGCAAGAAAACGCCGGAUAUCAAGAAUUGCUUUACGUUAAGGCUGCUUACUCUGAUACUCUGCAACAAACGAAGAAAUCAGUCACGUACAAAAUCAAAAAUGGUAACCGCUCACUGUUCGCGAUUGACUCACAUAGUGGGCUGAUCUCAUCUCUCACACAUCUGGACGCUGAAAGCCAACAGUUGCACCAGCUGACCGUGGAAACUAUGGAAAACGUCGGUCAGAAAGAACCUGCAACGGCAGACGUCUGGAUCUUCGUGGAAGAUGUUAACGAGUUUCAGCCCAUGUUCACUGAACCUACUUACGUUGCGGCAGUCGACGAAACCACCGCGGUAGGGUCGAUCGUCGUGAAUAUUUCAGUAAAGGAUCAGGAUGUUGAGAGCGCAGUUGAAUUUUCGAUCAUCAGCGACGAUGACGUAGCAAGACAUUAUUUCGAUAUCGACCGGUUUACAGGCACUAUUCGCACCAGCAGAUUGCUGUCAGACCUGAGGGAAAACAAAAUUGAGUUUUUUGUUCAAGCGUCCGACAACGGGUCUCCUCCUCGCCACAGCAAUGCGAAAAUAGUAAUUUAUUUGAACCGAACAACGAAAAUGACGUCCUCGACCGCCUUGCCUGCCACCUCAACCAUUACUGUUUCUGAAGAACGCGUAGCUCCAUCUGAUCAUAUGACGGUUUCGAAGCACUUCGUUCAGAAAAGCCUCGCUCUGCCGAUUGUAUUCAGCACACGAUUAUUCCGAACGGAAGUGCAAGAAGUCAUUCCAGCUCCGCAACAUGUCCUUUUAUUAACCAUGGCAAAUAAAGCCCCAAAUCAAGUCGUUCACUGCGCAAUAUCCUCUGGCAACUAUGAAGGUGCGUUCGCCUUGCGAAUCAAUGAAAACGGACUGUGCAUGUUAGAAACGCAGAUCGACCUUGACAGAGAACUGAUUCCAAACUAUCGCUUGAACAUCACUGCUUACGUUUCGACCUAUGCAGGCUUGGAGUUCGUGGACACAACGUCCGUCGAAAUUGACGUUCUUGACGCUAAUGAUCACCCACCGGUGUUUCAGUUCGACCAAGGCGAACCAGAUGGAAUGACUUACUUCGCAGUUGCGACAGCAGGCACCAAACCGCUUACACCAAUGCUAAGAGUGACGGUAAAAGAGUCCAUUGAGUGUCAGCCAACAAGGACUGGCAACUCAAAUUAUUUUAUCAUAGAACUCAGCAUUUUAAUUUAUUACUAUUUCAACGCACUUAAAAAUUGAAC